GAGACCAAAUUCCCCUUUGGAAUCCAAGGUCCGGUUUUUGAGAGCAAGGAGGACUGUUCAUAUCGAACUAGCGUCUUCUUCUUCUUCCUCGAAUCCGUAGAGUUAGAUGGAUCCCAUGGAUGCAGCAUUUGCAGAUGCCAGUAAUUUUGUUGUGGGAGAUACUGUUGGUGCAGAAGUGGAUGGCUUUAGGCAUCAAGUCGAUGAGAUUUUUCUGAAGGUCGACAAGCUUGAGCAAAACGUGAAUGAGAUAGAACAGUUCUAUUUGACAUUGAAAAAGAAGCAGCCAAACGGUAGUAAAGGUAGCUCUGUUGUAAAGGAUAAGGAUAAGGAAAGACAUAUUCCAAGUCUUAAAAAGCAGCAGCAAGAUGCAGCUCGCAGAGAAGCUGCAGCUGCAAAGAGAAUGCAAGAACUCAUGCGGCAGUUCGGGACAAUUUUGCGUCAGUUAUCACAGCAUAAGUGGGCUUGGCCUUUUAUGCAGCCAGUGGAUGUGGAAGGUCUUCGAUUACACGACUAUUAUGAGGUAAUUGACAAGCCAAUGGACUUCAGCACAAUUAAAAAUCAAAUGGAGGCUAAGGAUGGUACUGGAUAUAAGAAUGUGAGAGAGAUAUGUUCUGAUAUGAGAUUAGUCUUCAAGAAUGCAAUGAAAUAUAAUGAAGAGAGAAGUGAUGUUCAUGUCAUGGCCAAGACUUUGCUCGAAAAGUUCGAGGAGAAAUGGCUUCAACUUCUGCCUAAAGUCACUGAAGAGGAAAAGAGACGAGAAGAGGAGGAAGCGGAAGCGCUGUUGGAUAUGCAGCUUGCUCAGGAGGCUGCUCAAGCAAAAAUGGCUAGGGACAUAAGUAAUGAGAUUUACGAGGUAGAUAUGCAACUGGAAGAGCUUCGAGAACUAGUCGUGCAAAACUGCAGAAAAAUAUCAACUGAAGAAAAGAGAAAGCUUGGAGCAGCCCUCACCAAAUUGUCUCCAGAAGAUCUCUGCAAAGCGUUGGAGAUUGUUGCAGAAACUAACCCAAGUUUUCAAGCCACUGCCGUGGAGGUCGAUCUCGAUAUCGAUGCACAGAGUGAAACUACCCUGUGGAGGUUAAAGUUUUUCGUUAAGGAUGCCCUCGAAGUUCAUGCUAAGAGCUCGGCGAGCACGGGCGGUGGCAACAACCAGAACCAUACAAACAGCAAUAAUACCAACAGUAACAGCAAAAGAAAAAAAGAGAUUUGCGAUGCUAUAGCCAGAACAGCCAAGAAAAAACCUAAUAAAAAGCCCUCUUCUUGAGAUACAAUAGCCGAUGCCAAAAUUUUCCACCUUUGAAGCUGAAGCAUCACUGAUUUUUUGUUCUUGUGUGUGCACAUAGUUAGAUUUUGGCUCUUAGUUGCUUGGUUCUUUAGCAUGCUGCAAGUGAUCAGUGUCUAUGUGAAGAUCUCAUGUCAACAAGAUCUUAGUAACAAGCUAACCCCAUACAUGUCAUAUUUUUUUUUCUUGUGUAGUUAAGACUUUUCGUCGUUCGUUGUAUUCCGAACGGGCAAACUUGCUUUUGAACUGUGAAAUUGUCGAGUAAGUUCGAGAUCAAAUUGAUGAUGUUAUGCUUGAAAUCAAA